ACUACGAAUUAGUGGUGACGGAAAUACUUUUCAGCGCCAUCUUGCCUCGUAACUUCUAAUUCGUCAGUACCUGUGAAUGGACUUGUCAUAAGUGUUUUAUGUUAUUUUGCUUCUUAUUUCGGUUAAAAUUAGUGCAUUAAAUUUCCAGUAUACAUUACGUUUUACGCUAACCAAUAUCUGAAGUAAAUCGAACAAGUGCAGAAUUACGAAGAAGUCACGCCCGAGCAUGAGAAAGCACAGAUAGAGUUUCGAAAUUGACAUAUCACGUAUUUUCACAGAUUUAGCCUUGCACUUAAGUUGGUUUUAAUAACAAGGCUUUCUUGAGGACAAAUAAAUAUCCUCCAAUUCGUAAAUUGUUCUGGAGUUUUCUGUAUUUGUGGACAAGAAGUAGCUUCAUCAGCAACACCAGCCAUAUUUCAUAUGCCAACAAUGGCUAUGCAGAAGAUGAGAAGACAAGGUCAGGACGUCAUGCAGGUGAAUUUGGCAGGUAUUAGGCGAGAUAUUGUUAAUCUCGCUCACAAUUAUAGUAAUGCACAGAAAGCUGUACGAAAAGCCACCAGUAAUGAUCCUUGGGGUCCAAGUAGUACACUUAUGGCAGAAAUAGCUGAUUUAACUUAUAACGUUGUUGCUUUUACCGAAAUUAUGCAAAUGUUAUGGAAGCGAUUAAACGAUCAUGGAAAAAAUUGGCGGCACGUGUACAAAGCUUUAAUCCUUUUAGAGUACCUUAUUAAAACAGGCACAGAGAAAGUUGCACAGCAAUGUAAAGAAAAUAUUUUUGCCAUUCAAACUUUGAAAGAUUUCCAGUAUAUGGAAGGAUCUAAGGAUCAGGGGGUGUAUGUCCGGGAGAAAGCGAAGCAACUAGUGGCCUUAUUAAAAGAUGAUGAAAGACUAAGAAACGAAAGGGCUAGAGCACUGAAAGCAAAAGAGAGAUUUGCACAAUCAGUUAGUGGAUUUGGUAGCGAUGGAUUAGAUACUAUGUCACCUGUUAGCAGUGAUUUUCAGGAUUGGGAACCGUGUCGUUUAGGAUCUGAAUCUACGGCUAGGCGUACAAGUAAACCCGAACUUGAAGCUGCAAGACCGCAAACGGUCGGGGAAGAAGAAUUACAGCUACAAUUAGCUCUUGCAAUGUCUAGAGAAGAAGCCGAACAGGAAGAACAAAGAAGACGUAGCGAUGAUGUUAGAUUACAAUUAGCUCUUAGUCAAAGUCAACAAGAUUUUAAAGCCCCGCAAACAGAGAAACAAAGUCAUAUGCUAGAUUUACUGGAUGUAAACUUGGAAGAAGCAUGCGGGUAUAAUGUAAAAACUGAUCCGUGGGGUAUACCGAUCACAGCACCUCCACCCAGACCUCAGUCUUUGGAUUUAUCUCAGUUUUGUAUAUACAAGCAACAAAACGAUCCAUGGAGUGCUCCUACAACGAGUAGUACCUCGCCUGCAAUCGAUCCAUGGACUCCUGUUCCACCGCAAAGACCAACUGCUGCAGUUGAUCCGUGGCGAGCACCCCCUUCAUCACCCGUGACGGUUACAUCUUCACCUAGCACAGAUCCUUGGUCUCCUCUACCUUCUGCUACUGCUACCGCUACUACCACUACUGAAGCUGAUGCAAAUAAGAAACAGGCUGAUCGAGAAGGUAUAACAUCUACUUCUCCAGCUUUUAACAAUUCCACUUUAACACAGAAUAUUGGUUUUGCGGCACAGUCGCCCCAAAAUAUAGGCUUUAAUUUGCCUACCACUUCAAGUGCUACUUUCAAUGCUACUAGCAAUGGCUUCAAUGGUACUGGGCCUAGUCUUAACAAUUUCCCUCUUGGAAAUCAAAAUAGUUCUGCAGCCAGUCCGCUGAACGAUUUAGAUGAAUUUGAUAUAAUUACUAACAGAAAUAAGCCUGGAUCUAGUCUUCAAACAGCAAACAACGGAGAUACGCUAUCACCAGAUCCAUUCGAUUUGGGAAGCAUAGCCGAUAAUCUUCCUACGAGUACUGGAGCUGUUAAGAAAACACCGCAAUCGUUCCUCGGAGAGAAUUCUGCUCUUGUUAAUCUUGAUAAUCUCGUCAGUACAUCUACAAUCAAACCAACAACACCUACACCCGCAGCGGCCAUCACAUACUCAGCAAAUCCGUUUGCGACGGCAACACCACCACCCCGUCCUACAAUCAAUCAGAUUCGACAGGAUCCUUGGGCAGCGAAUACGACUACUACAGCAAAUCCGUUCCUCUCGUAGCUUGGUGAUCAUUUGAUAAAUGUCAGUCGAAAAUCAAGAGCACUGUGGUUUAAAAAAAGUAUUCGAGGUUUUUAGCGGUAACCCUGUACGGUAUAAGUUUCUUGCUCGUUAUGAAAUAACAUUAUUUCAAGAUAUAAACGAGAAACAAACGAUAAACACUGUCUUGUUAAAACUAAGUAUUUAUUACGCUCGUUUUAGAUUUUCAAGGUAACUAAUUAAAUUUCUUUUAAAACUGGUCAAUGUAACAAACUAACGUCUAUGAUCUUAAAGCAGUGACAAGAAUGGUGUGGGAAAAAUACAUCACGAGAUAAAUCUGUACAGAUAAAUUUUAAAAGAACGUAUGUAAUAGCAAUAUUUGCUUCUAAAUAGUAACUAAAAAGUUUUCCAAACAUUUCUAUUCUUUUCUUAGAAGUGUUUGUGUCUACAAUCAUUUUAGUUAUUCUUAUUUUAUUGCGCGUACUAAUAAACGAAUGGGGAACUGUCUUAAGAAAGCUAAUAUAUAAUAAAUCAAAUAAUGAAUGAAAGGAAUACAAGUCGUAUUUCAACUUCGAAUGCUUGUACGCUCCCAAGGUAUAACUAAAUUUUAUAAGGACUUUUUCCAUAUAUAGUAUAUUUUUUAAGUACUGUUCGAAUUGGUAAUAAAUCAUUGAACAACACUUUUAUUAGAUUGUAGGGUAUAAAGUAACAUUGAUGUUAAGAUGAUUUUCUUUGUUUUAUAUUCAUGUACAUGUUUUUCUACAGCUAAUGAGAUCGUGAGACUGUAAUCGUAAUUUGCAAAAAUAUAUUAUAUCGAACAGGGUUCUUUAAUUUAUGUUAUACGUUUAUAUAUGACACGCAAUUGAUUGUGAUUCGUGAAAUAUUCUUGUCAUAGCAUGCCUUUUAUGACUAAUAUCCAUCUUACGAGAAGAGAUGUGUAUAUUAGCGAUAUGAUAGGUCGUUUACUAACACUUCAGAAUACUUGAAGAUGGGACAAUUGAGCAAUUUUAUGAUCGCAAAAGUAAUAUAUCAAUCUUUAAAGCCAUUACGGUAAAUACCAUAUGUACAAGUUUAACUUCAGUUUGGAAAUUUUAUGCAUUUAAUUUGAAUGGUUAUUGAACAUCGACUUCGUGCACUGUCAAGAACAAAGCGUAGCGUAAACUAAUGUGCAUUUUCUUAUUAAUUAAGAAUUUAAUCGAAGCGUUUUAUUUUUUAACAGAAACAUAAUUUUUGAUGGUAAUUUUCCAUUAGGACAGUGUCUUUAUUCGUUCGACUGUUGGAUUAAAUGAACGAUCAUGAUCUGAUAAUGAAAGGUAACGCGGAGAACCGCGUUACUUUCUUUAUACACGAAACAAUUUACGAUUGUACCUUGAUUUAUAAUUAAAAAAGAAUUGUAAAUAUGUUACAGCAUAUCGUUCCCCAGUUGUCAAAUAAGUUGCUUCUACAGCAAUUCGGUUAAAAUCUGAAGGGUUUUGUAACAUUUUACCAAUUGUUUCCUGUUUUUUUCAGGAAAUAUUACUCAGUUAAUUAUUGUAUAUUUUGUAAACAUUUUUCAAGACUAUAGUUGCAACCCUGUAAGACAGAAAUGUGAUUAACUAUUUAACAUUCUAAUCAUUGUAUUGGUGACUUUUUUGAAGGAUUAAUUUAUCGAUAGUCGCAAAUGCAAACUCGGCAUUUCCAUUUUAGAAAUGUAAAUGCAUUUUACAGCUUUUAUACGGAAGAAACUGUUUCCAUAUGUUUAACAAUUGGCAAAGGGGAACUAUAUUUGUCUAUUUGUUCUAAGUAAACCAUAUAUGAAUUGCACGAUUAAAAUUGUGUUAGGUAAAUAUUGCUUAAAUAAUUCCAUUGUAUUAUUCUUCGUUAAAUUAAUAACUUUUCUUUCUUUAUGCAUUUUCAAACGUAAUUGCUUAUAUAUUUGAAAUUGUAUAUUUAAUGCGUAUUUAUCCAAAUGUUCGCGAAAUAAUGAAGUUGGGUCUACAUGAUAGGCCUUCAAUUUUCUCGUCAACUUCAAUUUCAGAUUACAUUAUAGACCGACAACGAUCUAUUCUUAUUGCUUUUAUAGAAGAAAAAAAAGAAGUAUUGCAUUCAAUCGUUGUGCCUAUCGAUAUACAUGUAAACGUGUUAUACCGUAUGAAAUUUGUUUCAGCUAACUAGAUACAUAAGAUGCAUUUUUUUUUUUUU